AUGGCCAACAACAACAUACCUAGCCCUGAUCCCUUCGUCCUGGAAAAACUGAUUGAGGAUUCCAGCCGCGAGAUGGCAAAUCGCCGUCGGCAGGAACGGACCCUUGCCGGACAGAGAAGGCCGAGGCAUGAAACCUCACAACCCCAGAGGCAACAGAUCCAGGACAUUCAACAGAUGCAUGUUCUUCAACAAGUCCAGAAUGUCGAACAGACCCAUCCUGAAGGACAAGCCCAGAACGGGGAAAACGGGCAGACCCAACCCCGAACUGAAGAAGAGCAACUCCAAAUUGUGAAUGAAACUGACACCAGAGACGGGCAACCGGCUUUCUCGUUCACCCACACCUCCGAUAGGCGAAGAAGCCGUAGCACUGAGGAGGAGGAACAGAUCAACAUCCCCGAGGGCGCUGAUCCAACCGCCAUCCUCCUACUCAAAGAGCUACAGAAGACCAACCGCCUCAUCCGCCUGCAGGGCGACCGCAUCCACGACCUGGAAAGGAGGCGACGAUAUCGCUCACCCCAGCGGAGACGCCAUCGUUCGCGUUCCUAUUCCUCCUCGCGGUCACCUCCGAGGAGAAACCAGAAACACAGUCCAUCCAGGUCUCGUUCCCCCUCAAGAAGAAACCGACGCCAGCGGUCUUAUUCCCGCUCUCCACCUCGAAAGACUCGGAAGAAUCAGAAACCUGAAACCGCUGAAAACAGGAGUCUCUCGCCCGAGCCGGAAAACCGAGGCCCCUCCAAAGCCGUGCAGAAACUCCGCGAGCGUUCUCCAAAAGACAAUCGCAAAUCCUUGGGCAAAACACGCAAUAAGUCCCAGCGAGUUUUGAGAAUUUGCAGGUUAUGGCUACAAAAGGAAUUCGUAGCAAAAGUGCAGAUGUUGUUAUGUUAUCAGCGACCAAGGCAUGACCGAAUGGCAGAUGGAAGCCAUAUAAGUUCUUCACGUGUGAGUGAGGGGGUUCGAUCCCUCGCUCCAGCUUAA